AUGUCAUUUCUAAAUGGCACAAGCCUAACUCCAGCUUCAUUCAUCCUAAAUGGUAUCCCUGGUCUGGAAGAAGUGCAUCUGUGGAUCUCUUUUCCCCUGUGUACCAUGUACAGCAUUGCUAUUACAGGGAACUUUGGCCUUAUGUACCUCAUCUACUCUGAAGAGGCCUUACACAGACCUAUGUACAUCUUCCUAGCCCUUCUUUCCUUCACGGAUGUGCUCAUGUGCACCAGCACCCUUCCAAACACUCUUUGCAUAUUGUGGUUCAACCUCAAGGAGAUUGAUUUUAAUGCCUGCCUGGCCCAGAUGUUCUUUGUGCACACUUUCACAGGGAUGGAGUCUGGGGUGCUCAUGCUCAUGGCCCUGGACCGCUAUGUGGCUAUCUGCUACCCCUUGCGCUAUGCCACUAUCCUUACUAAUUCAGUCAUCGCCAAGGUUGGGCUCAUCACAUUUUUUAGAGGCGUGAUGCUUGUUAUCCCUUUCACUUUCCUCACCAAGCGCCUUCCAUACUGUAGGGGCAAUGUCAUACCCCACACCUACUGUGACCACAUGUCUGUUGCCAAGAUAUCCUGUGGUAAUGUUAAGGUCAAUGCCAUCUAUGGGUUGGUGGUUGCCCUCCUGAUUGGGGGCUUUGAUAUCUUGUGCAUCACAAUCUCCUACACUAUGAUUCUUCGAGCAGUUGUGAGUCUGUCAACAGCAGAUGCUCGGCAGAAAGCCUUUAGCACCUGCACUGCCCACAUCUGUGCCAUCGUCAUCACCUAUGUUCCAGCCUUCUUCACCUUCUUUACGCACCGUUUCGGGGGACAUACCAUUCCUCCACACAUACACAUUAUUAUGGCUAAUCUCUAUCUACUCAUGCCUCCUACAAUGAACCCUAUUGUGUAUGGGGUGAAAACCAAGCAAAUACGAGAUAGUGUCAUUAGGUUCUUGCUUAAGGGAAAGGACAAUUCUUCUCAUAACAUUUAG